AAAUAUUUCGUAAAUAAAUAAAUUAAUAGAUCGCUAGAUUUAUCUAAAUCUGGAGAGAUUCAACUCCCUGCUACUGCUGAAGUGAACGCCGGAUUGUCCUCUCCACAGAUUUGUGACAACGAAUCCAGCGGCCAAACUGACCAAUCAGUCAAACAAAAAACCACGGAACAUGGGCAAACACAGAACUGCGCAGCAAGAUGCCAUAUUCAUCGCAUUUAUGGAGAGACACCCAAUGAUAGCCAUAAACUACCUCAAGGGUGAUAAGCUGGCAGCUGAAGCCGCCUGGAAGCGGCUUUCAAAGGAGUUAAAUAGCGUGGGUCCGCCUGUCAAAGAAGUUUGUGAGUGGAAAAGAGUAUGGAAAGACUGGAAAAGCUGCAUUCGUAAAAAGAUUAACUAUAACAGGCUGGAAGAUUCAAAUGCCUGCGGCAAAGGCUCGCUGUAUCAGGAUACACUCACUGCUCUAGAGGAUGCAGUGGCCGUGAUCUGUGACUUGUAUGAUAAGCACGACGAGGUCACAGCCACAGAUGACGAUGAUGAGGAAGAAGAUGACUGCUUCAGCCGGAUCAAUGACAGACAUAUCGGCGUGAAAUUGGAGCGCACUAGCACUUCGCAAACUCCAUCUGCCAAAAAGCGCAAGCUGGUUCAAAAUGAUGUAAAUGAAUUAGAAAUUGAACACGAGAGCACGGUGCCGAUUCUAAUGGACAUUGCAAAGGAGCUGCAGGACAUGAAUAGACAAACUCGCUUGAACGCCCAGCGCACAGAAGCCAAUACGGACGCGCUUUUGGCUCUAGGCACACAGAUCUCAGACCUAAUGCAGCAACAGCUCAAGGAGCGCAAGCGUCUUAAUGCUGUAAUGGAGAAAUUUGUUAUGAAACGCCGAUUGGCCAAACGAUAAAAUAAACAAUUUGUUUCCUUUGGCAAAUAUUUUGAUACUCAACAGA